UCUAUGCCAAACACUUCACAGCUCGCACGUUGUCAAUCGCAACUCGGUUCAUUGGUCAACGGCGAUCAAGGAUGCAAGCUCCAGAGCCAAAUCGCAUGCCUCCCAUGUCGGAUUCGAACUCCAGGGUCAUUGCUAAUAUGGUUUGCAAUGGUGAUGCUCAAUCGGUUCCAAUUGGGGUAGACUAUGCUGAAAUUGUUGUUGUGCGUCACGGUGAAACGGACUGGAAUGCUGAUGGAAGAUUUCAGGGAAUUCUGGAUGUCGAAUUGAAUGACAUUGGGAGGCGGCAAGCAAUUGCGGUGGGUGAAAGGUUGUCCAGAGAAGGUAAAAUCUCUGCAAUUUACUCAUCUGACCUAAAGCGAGCUUUUGAGACAGCAAAUUUGAUUGCAACUGCUUGUGGUGGACUGGAGGUUAUCAAAGAUCUAGGUCUACGGGAAAGAAAUUUUGGGGAGCUUCAAGGCCUUCAGCCACACGUUGCAGCCAGUGUCUGUCCUGAAGCCUAUAAAGCCCUUCAAUCGCAGAAGACAGAUCAACAAAUUCCGGGUGGUGGUGAAAGUAUUGAUCAGCUUUAUCAGCGCUGCACUAUGUCUUUGCGAAACAUCGGUAUGAAGCACAAAGGAGAACGAGUAGUGGCGGUCACUCAUGGUGGGGUACUCCGAACGCUUCAUGCCCAGGCUUGCCCAAAUAAACAGUCUCUGAAGUUUUUGAAUACUUCCGUCAACAUUUUCCACUUGUCUGAUGGAGACAACUGGGUCUUCAAAUCCGGGGGUGAUGUUAGUCAUCUUAGCCAUAUAGAAUAUCUGAGAACAGGGUUUGGUGGGGAUAGAACUUUUGGUUAGAUGAACUCUUCACGAUGUUGUUCUAGUAGCCCUAACCUACAACGAGCUACGAAGAGGCCAGCUGAGAAGCAUGAUUCACGCACUUGUUAUUGGCUUGAAGUACAAUUUCAUACU